UUAGUGUGGUGAAAGGAUUGGGGCUGCUUCUUUCCUGUUAUUAAUAUCACAUACAUAACAUUCAAGACAACACUGAAGCAGCCGAAAGUUUACAGAAAAGAGAGCCUUUUACAGAGAUAAAAUCAUAACAAUAUGUCCUUCAAGUUUCUUCUUAAACUCUGCCUUUUGUGCAGUACUGCAUUCUGCUUCCAAUUUAAAAAAGACUGCGUGUCCAAACGUCACUUCGAAACCGACCGCAUCGCGACAUCGUGGGACAUCAGGGUCUGGGCACCAAGGGAAAACACCGACGCACGCAUCCUUACCCUCGUGUCACAGAAUGAAGCGAGGUCAUCGUUGAGGAAAAUAGACAUCACGAGAACAGAAGUGCACACGCUGUUCAUUCAAGGCAGUCACCGUGCGAAGAACACCAGUUCGAUCCCGGGCGACGGCUUCCCCCCCGGCUGGAGGGAGUUUCGGGUGACGUCGGACUCCAGGUUCAAGGUCUGGGCGACGGGCGUGGAGGCGCCGCUCGUGGAUGUGGAGGAUGACGUAGGAGCCGAGAGGGUGGUCGUCAGAGGGAGCAACGUCACCAUUAACUGCAGGGAACCGAUUGUUAUCUGGAACGUCACCGAGGACCGAGAGACCGCCGUUCCUUUGGGAGGUCCAGGGCGCUACGACCUGGCAGUGUUCUCGCGGUCUCCCUCGUCGCCCGUUGUGACGCUCGGGGAUCGGACUCGAGUGCUCAGCUGGGACCCUGACUUAAACAUGGUCACGACGUUCGCCUCACAGCCGCGAGCGUUGCCAGCUUUCGUCCAGCACAACUUUACCAUUGAAUGUAGUCAAGCUGAGAACCACUUUAGAUGUGAUGUGCUGGCUGGUCAGAACGAAACCCUGGUCGGCUCCGCCUCUCUGCCAGACGAGAUAGACGAGCUCUCCAUCCACGGGAAUCAGGCAGAGAAUUUCAUCGUUAUCCUGCGAGACAUCACAACAGGCGAGGAAGCAACGGCCGGCGACAGCAACAGUUCUCUCGAGGAAGCCGAUGGCCCUCCAGACGACUGGCUCAAUGAAGCUCUUCUCUCUUAUUCUCCGAUAGUCUCGAAUUUUCUUCUGGUAGUGGUCGUCGCUGUUCUUUAUGUGAAGAACAAAAAGCUCAAGAUGGUCAAUGAGGCGUUAAGGCGCCAAUUGCCAGAUAUCAAGGAAAAGAUUCAGGAACCAAGUGUUUGGAGGUAUCUGUUCUGGGAAUUUCUGAAUCUGUUCAAGAAUGGGAGACGCAGAAGAUCAGGAAUUUCCCAGCCACCCAAAAUUCCUGAGAAAAAUCCCUUGAAUCCCAGCGAUGAAGGCAGGGAUGAAGGUGCUGCUAAAGACUACUGUGGCGGGGAUGCUGAUUAGAGUGCUGUUCAUGAGCAAUGAGGGUCUGUAUUUACGAAUUAUGGAAACAUGCGAUCACACUUGAUAAUAAUCAUAUAAGCACACACCAACACACACCGUUCACACAUAUUAGGACCUAUGUAUAUAUACACUUGUGGAAUUCAUGUCGAACAAAUUGCAAAUAGAACAACGAAUGGAAUCACAUAUUCGUGUGUUUUCUUGUACUUCCUUUCGUCUUUCCAUUUGCAUACAUACACAAAUAUGUAUAAAAUUACGUGCAAACACAGAAACCAACGUAGGUAGAACACAAAUAUUGACGCAAACAAUUAAACCAGCUAUAAAACACACACACACACGAUUUUUAUUUAAUUACUCUUCUGCUCUAUACAACUAGUCUCUUCAUUUCUGUGGAAUGUACUUGCAUUUUUAUGAAUCUUCUUAAUGAUUAAAAUAAUAAAUAUAGUUUAAUUGA